AUGGCAUCUUCAGGCGAAACCACGAGCGAGUCCACCAAAAACACCUCCGACUCACCAUCUCCUGUGAAGCCUACAUCACAGGAGGAUGCCUUGCCGGACUUCAACCUCAUCAGCGUCACCAUAAUCUACCUCAAGAAGAGCAGAGCCAUUACCCUUCUUCGAGAGGACAGGAGCACGGCUGGAGACGUCCGCCCCAACAACAGAGCUCAGUGGUCUCAGUUCAUACAUUAUGUGGUCAUGGGCGGCAGGACACUUCAACUGGACAAAGAUUGUCUAGAAAUGGGGAUAGUAGUCGUACCUCCGAGUGCCGAUGCAAAGAUCCUGGAGCUGUGGGAGAAAGCUGAGCUAAAGAUGGAAGCCAACGAAACGAUCAACCCGCUGGAAAUUUCCUCCAAUACUGAACCACCAUCAUAUCCCUUCGAUACCAACGCUAGUCAAGAUGAUAUCAAGUUUGAGGUCGUUCUCAUCGAUGUCCGGGAAUCUGUCGUGACGGUGGACCGGCACCAUGGUUAUCGCCUAAGGAACCUAUGUUUUAGCGAAAACCGACGACUUUUUCGUUGUGUUCUCUCACGACUGUCUGAAGGCUACACUGAGACUGCCUUCGACAAGAAGACCUUCGAUAGCUUAACAGUCAGACUCCGCAACAACAAUGAAGGAACAGAUGUCGCACAGGAGGGGGAUAAUGCCUCAUUUGAGGCGGAAGAGGAAGAGCUCAACUUGUCUGAUCAUCGUCGCUACCCAGCUGAAGCAUCACGUGUAUUGAGAAACCUGGCGCCAAAACCAGCCCUAAGUGGCCAUCAUGAGCGGGAAUAUCCAUGA